CAAAAACCGAAUAAACUGCGUUUUUUCCGACAUUGAAGCAACACAUGGCUAUGAGACGGUCUGACGCCUCUCACGGGCCGAGACAAACACUCACUGUCGGCGUUUAGUCUUCACAAAAAAACCGGGUUCAAAGUAAACACGCGAGUUCUUACGAAGAGAAGACGUUUUAUAGAAGGAAAUCAUCCGAAAACAACUCGAGGACAGUACGGCGAAGUUCGAGAUCUCGCAUGCAAUGAAAGACAUGGACAUGGUGUUUGGCGGCAGCUCCGAGGAGCCAACACCCAUCCCCGGGAUCAGCCCACACCGACCCGGCCUCCACUCUCACUUUGGUGCGUCUCCGGACUUGGAACUGAUUGAAGAGGUUAUCACGGAGGACAAUGAGCGGUCAGUCGUCAGCCUCCCCGGACCUCCCCCUCCUCCUGGCAUCCUCUGCGAAAACGCUUUCAUCCAGAACCACAGACCUGUCAGACACGGCCCGUCGUCGACGUCUAAGGCUGAGCUGGUGGCAAGAGGCACUGCGUUUAAGCCGAACCCAUCUCAGACGCGGCCGCGGGCGUGUCCUUCCCGGGAUAAGUUGCCGACUCAUCCUUCUCGAGUAGCCGGUUCCUUGGGCCAGAGGUGCUCAUCCCAGAACAUGGCCGACGAAGAUUACCUGCAGCGGAUUCUGGAAAAGCCCAAACUGGUGGUGGUGGAGGAGCCCAAGGACCGAGGCAUGAGAUUUCGCUACGAGUGCGAAGGGCGUUCGGCCGGCAGCAUCUUGGGGGCAUCCAGCACCGACACCAACAAGACUCAGCCUGCGAUAGAGAUUCAGGGUCACAUCGACCACUUAAAGAAGGUCACAGUCACCGUUUCAUUGGUGACCAAAGACCCGCCGCACCGGCCUCACCCCCACUGCCUCGUGGGUAAAGACUGUCCGAAUGGUUCGGGAAUCUGCGUCGUGAAGUUCAAUCCUCACAGCAGCCGACGCCACAGCUUUGCUAACCUCGGUAUUCAGUGCGUGAGGAGGAAAGAGUUGGACAUGUCGCUUCAGAAGAGGAGAAGCCAAAAUAUCGACCCUUUUCAAACUGGUCACUCUAAGGGAAUCGAAGACAUGGACAUGAAUGCGGUGCGUCUCUGCUUUCAGUGUGAGCUCGAGUUGCAGGACGGCAGGAUGGACUCUCUUAGCCCAGUCAUAUCUUCACCUAUUUAUGACAAGAAGGCCACAACUACAUCUCAGUUGAAGAUCUGCCUUUUGAACCAAAGCAGAGGUCCCUGCACUGGAAAGACGGAGGUCUACAUGUUGUGUGACAAAGUGCAGAAAGACGACAUCGAGAUCAUCUUCAGACAAGGCUCCUGGAAGGCCAACGGGGAAUUUGCCCAGACUGACGUGCACCGGCAGAUCGCCAUCGUCUUCAAGACCCCACCCUACCAGGACCAGGACCUCACGGAGGAGGUGGAGGUCAGCGUGGCCCUGCGUCGCAUCUCGGACCAGAUGGAGAGCGAACCGGUCACAUUCACGUACCUGCCGCACAACCCGGAUCCGUACGAGGUGAAGAGGAAGAGAAGGACGAGAUCAAACAACAGCUUCACUGACAAAGCUUGUGUGACAGCCGAGAUUGCACCUGCCUCAGACCAGGCCGCCCUCUUCUUCAGCCAGAACAUGAUUUCUCCAGACGAGAGGCCCCACGUCGCCCAGGCUACCGUCCCUGCCUUGGCGGACAUGCGCUUCUGCGAGGGCCAGGACUCAAACAUCGCCGCCAACGACGAUGUCCUCAUUAACGAGCUCCUGGAAACGCCUGAAAUUUGGAACUUGUUGUCUGAAAUUAGCUCGACCGGCGGCUUUGAGCAGCCGCCCGACUCCUACCCCACAAUCCCCAACAUGGACAUGAACUUCAACGCGAACCUGUACCCGAACUCUUACCAGCAGGACUUCUCCCAAUACAGCGACAUGCAGUUCAACAUGCUCGUCAACGAGAGCCAGAACCCGCCGUCCGAGUCUCAGGAGCAAAUGGUUCUGGUGAAAACUGAAGAGGAGCUAUGAGGACAGGAGGGCCGGGGUCGUGUAGUUAACGCAUUUUCUUUGUCAGCUGUGGACACUUUUGGGAAACGUCCAUUUCUGUCUGUGAUCGUUAGCAUUAAGACUGAAAAUGGGGGCUGGCUUUACAGGGAAGUAAGAUGACACUUUCCCCCCUAUUUCUUGUGUUAACCACUUGGCUUCAGCUUUGCAUUCAGCACACAGACAUGAGAUUGCGUUGUACCAAAACCAAGCUCCAGCUGCUUGCACUCUGUAAUGCACUUAGACUUGUUUAGUUUCUGCUCUAAUUAACCCGAAGUGUUUACCUGUUCCCACGAGCCUUGCUGGUCAAGGCGUUAGCUGCUAGCAUUCCUAAAUAUUUCCCACCAGUGCUUUUUAAGGCUUAUAGGUCAGAAGAUGAUUCUCACAGACGGCAACGGAGCUCAAAACUAAGUCAACGCUCGUAAAUUGCUGUGUAUUUUAUUGUUCCAACCUGAGAAAAACAACUUCACCCCCCCUUAGACGUUGUUACUCUAGUGUCCAGUGUAGUAGCUUCAGAUCAGUUCUUCUAAUUGUACUCGUCUCGUUCUCUGCUCACACCGGCACAUUUAAUAUGUAAUCACUGUGACUAUAAUAGAAACUGCUCCUCCUCCUAUUCAUGGCUGUGUUGUUUGUGUCAUUUCCCUUUGUUCAUCAGUUUCACUCCUGCUUUGAAUUUCCACUCGCACCCUGUCACUUGUCCAGCUCUGCCCACAGCGCCAGUGUAAAUAUGCUGAUGUAUUAAAAAAUAAAAUAAAAUGUCAACAUGUGUUA